UUUCCGAACGUGACGUAAAACGUAUCCUUGAAACUCUGACAUAUUGCGACAAGUACAGAGCUGUAAAUAGCAAUAAUAAAGUGAAAUGCAUAGGAAUGCGUUUUUGUUAUAACAAUAUAAUUUUAUUUAUACAUGUGACGUAUUAUCUCUUAUAUAAAAUUUUUUGACAGUGGUAUAUGUUUGUGUGUAGAAGAUAUAUUUACAUACAAUGGAUUCUAUUGCAAGUGAGAAUUUAUUUAAGCUGCAGUGUUUAAUUAAAACCACUGAGAUACAGCAUAGUGUACAAUGUAAACUUGGAAGAAAAUUGUUUUUUGCAUUGGCAACCAGCAAUGCAGAUAUUAUACUUUAUUUUAAAAAGGGAUCUUCCUGUUUACCUGUCAUUAAGAGAAUACCUUGGUUUCAAGGAUUGCAUAAACAAAUUGCAGCUUUUUGUUUUGAUCCAAGUGGGACUUGGUUAUUGUGCAUAACCUUGGACGGUUCUAUGUAUAUACUUCCUGCUCUGACUCUAGUUGGUGAAAAUAAUAUUAUUGACAAAAGAUGGAAGCCAAAUGACUUAACACAUAUUCCUUUUAUAAAUCCUCAGCUCUCUCACUUUAGACCAGUUGCUGUUACAUGGUGGAAGGAUAUGAAGAUGUUUACUGAUGUUGGUAUCAUAGGAACGGAAUGUGGAACAGUAGUACUUAUAAAUCUAUUAAAUGGGCAACAAAUAGGUGCAACACAUAUAGAUGGAAGUAUACACAGUUUACAUGUUUGUCAAAAUGAGAACAAAGAGGAUGCAUCUCUCUUAAUAACUAGUAAACUUCAGCAACAAUGGCGUUUGUCUUUGGGACAACAUAAAUGGCACUUUUCACAUAAUUCUGAAAACAAAGAACCUCGCAAGGAAACGUACACAAAUGGCAGCAUACAUGACAAUAUCGAGAGUUCUGUUCCUAAUAAGUCUAAAUUACGAGAACUUAAACAGCUCUCUGUUGAAAAACUCGCUAUUCUCAAGCAGAAAUUAAUUGAAACAAGAAGUCAAACAUUGGGCGAAAGUUCGCAAAGUAAUAAAGAAAAUGAUAAUGGAAUUUUGGUUACUUCGGAAAUAUUACCUGAGUUCAGCAAGUUUAGUUUUAUUAAUCCAGAAUCAGUACCAAAGGACACUUUUCUUUCUUCACAAUAUGACAGAGAAGGCCAGCAGUUAUAUACAUGCUAUCAUCCUGUUACUAAUCAUAUCACAGUACAUGGCCCGAAUCUAACUGUAAUACCGUUGUCGAUACACAAGAUAUUUCAAUCGUGCGAGACUGUUUUACUAGCGCACAAAUUUUUUUUUAUUACCGAUAUUAAUCAACAUGUGAUAUAUAUAGUAUCUGAUCAGUUGUCCGAGACUCAUAUAAAUAAAGACUGUAAAUUCAAUUCCGAAUCUAUUGUCGGAACUUUUUCUUUUAAAAGCAGUAAGGAAGUUAUACGUGCAAUAUAUAAAGUAACUAAGUUUAAUAAUCUGAUAUCGAAGAAAGUCUUGCAAGAAAUGGAGAAUAAGUGUACCGUACCAAAGAUUGUAAAGGAUAUCAAGAUUGAAGUACCUAGUUUGGAUACGUGUAUUAUUGUUACAAAUCGCUGUGUAUACGAAGUAAUUCUAAGGAAAUCAUUAUUAUCAGUUUUUAUGGAACUGGUGUUAAAAAAAAACGAACUGCAAAAAGCGGGAAAAUUGGCAAUGAUUUUUGGACUGAAUGGGCAACACUUGUUGGAAUAUGCUGGUGAUAUAUUCUUAUCAAAUAAGGAAUUCUCGCGUGCAAUAGCCUCUUAUAAAAUGUCUAAGUGUAAAUUAUUGAAAAGUGUGUUAAAAUUUGCAUCAGUCGGCCACACCUCGGAAUUAUUAAGUUGUCUAACUCAUUGUUUGUUGACACCUGUUAUUACCGAAAUGCCUGUAGCAACAAGAAUACAUUUAUCGAAUUUAUGUAUACUUGCCUUCAUCGAGAUGACGUUGAGAGUGUGGUCUUUGGAACAAUCUAAAGCAAUCUACAAAGAGUUCUUAUACUUUUUAUCUACAAAUACGUUUUACGACGAGUUGUUGGCCAUUAAUAUAGCCGGCCAAACCUAUCUCUGGGAAAUAUUGCAUCACUUGGCCACGCAAAGGUGUCUAUAUGGUCAAACAUUGGAAAUUCUUAUGAAGGCGAUACAAAUGUUUGGCACAGACGACUUUCAUUCAAAACCAUACGGUUUACUUAUAUGCUUAAGCGAAUCCGAUCUAAUGCAAGCGAUGUUAUUGAAUCACGAAUUAGCCAGGUCUCACAUAUUGUUUGUGCGCAAUAAUCUGCGGAACUUUCAAAUGUUUGUGCUUCAGAGAUUGGUGACAUUGUAUGAUCCAACAAAUCCAGUAUUACGGCCUAGACUAAUACAGUGUAAAACACGUCAUGAAACGACACAGUACAACGUACAAUCUAGUCAAUGUGAUUCCAUAGAUAUUACAGAUAACGUUGUUCAACCUGAUACACUUGUAGAAGAGAUAGUAGAAACAUUCGUAUUAGUUUUAUUAACGCUUAUUCACAAGAAACGUAUGUUGAACUCCAACUAUAAGCACAAUUUUUUGUACGAUAUGCAGUUGCCGGAAAUAAGUAAGGAACACUUAAAGAUGUCAUUGCAUAUUGAUUUUAAGAGAAGAUCGCUAAGCGCUGGAUUUUCUCACGUCGCUGUUAUCAGAAACAGUAACAUUUACACUUGGGGAAGUUCGGUGCAAGGUUGCUUAGGAACCGGAUCCAGUAUCUUGCGGUAUGGGGCACCUCAUGCUGUGUGCUUCUUCCGAAGUAUGGAGAUAGAGGUGUACAGUGUAUCGUGCGGACAUUGUCACACUCUGGCGGUCACCAACAACGGAAUCUACACUUGGGGAUCUAGUCAAUUCGGACAAUUGGGUCUCGGCAAGGUGCUUCAAUGCUCGAGUCCGGAAUUAAUUAUCUCGCUGGCGCAAGAAGUUAUCGUCGACGCGGUGGCUGGGCAAUAUCACUCUGUGGCACUAACAGCGGACGGCAGAAUAUUUACAUGGGGUUGGGGUGUUCACGGUCAAUUAGGUCACGGUAACAUUGACGAAAAGACUACGCCAACCUUGGUGACGGCUUUACUCGGUGUAGUUGUAUGUUACAUCACCGCCGGAUAUGCCCAUACUUUGGCAUUAUCCGUGGACGGUGUUGUGUACGCUUUCGGAAGCAAUGUUCUUGGUCAAUUGGGAGCAGGCAGCAGUGCCAAAAGUUCUAUACCGAUGAAAGUAUCUUUGCCGGAUAGAAUAACAUUUAUAAGUACGGGAUACUUUCAUAGUCUAGCUGUCAGCAAUACGAACAAAUUAUACACAUGGGGAGCUAGUCCCCAGGUUCUUAGAUUGCAAGUGCAAGCACAAAAGAGAACUCGUAUACUGGAGCAACAAGAUGCCAAUGAGAAGAAAUACAAAGCUUUGGAGGAGAUGGAAAAAAGCGGUACAUUAAACGAAGAAAUGAAAGAAUUUAUAGAAGGUGGCGUCAAAACUAACUUUGCGAAAACGGAUGCGACUACUUCUAAUGCAAAAACACAAAAAAAGCUGUCUGAAAACGUGGAUUUAAAAGAUCUCAACGUUGACCAACAUUCGAUUGAAGAGAAUCAGGCGCAUUUGAAACCGUCCGUAAUUGACACAAGUUUGGUGAAAGGACAAAUUACACAGGUAUCAGCCGGCGGUCAUCACAAUGCGCUUAUAACAAAAGACGGUUCUUUGUAUACAUGGGGUCGUAAUUUGGACGGCCAAAUAGGUAACGGCACGAGACGGGAAGUGCCGAUUCCUACGCCUUUGUAUUACAAUUCGGCCUGUAUUUUCGCACAAAUACCUCCUAGACAGAACGAUUUUAAACGAAUGGAACGUGACGCUGACAAUAGCACCAAUAAGUCGAACGACUCAUCGGUCGCAUAUAACGAAAACGCACCUGAGAACAAUGGGAAUAUUAUUAAUAUAUCAAAAUCGAUACAUGCGGAAAAUACCAGUUUCAACAAGGAAAGAGUCAAUCCUGUGAUUAACGUCGUUGGAAUUGCCUGCGGAUACGAUUACACGGUUGCGAUACAACCAGGAGGUACGGUGUUAGCUUGGGGUAACAACAGCAGAGCUCAGUUGGGUCGCAUUCCCGCGAGAGAAUCGCGCGACGCCGACGACAAGCUCGUGUUGCUCAAAUCGUCGAAACGAGUGGUGCGAGUCCCUACGGCAUUGCACGUGGCUCUGGACGUUCCCAGCCAAGUUCCCGGUAUUUCCAAUCCGGUGAUAUCUUAUCAAUCCAACGACGCGUCGUCUCUCGCCGGACUCGUACGCCCGUUGAGUGUCAUCGAAAAAUCACCAGGGGAAUUAACGCUUCAUUACGUACUGCAAUAUUUCCACGGUUUAUAUCGCUCCGACAAUAUCAUGAAGAAGUGCGUUGAAUUGGAGAACUAUCAAGCUAGUUCGAAACUAGCGGCAUUGGAAGGUGAUAUUCUCGCCGCUUUUACUUAUCAAUUGAAGGUGUUGCACAAAUUGAGUCUUCAGUCGUUUGGGAACUCGGAAGUUCCACUUGAUGACACGACGGGAUCCGCGAUCAAGACAACGGAAAGAGACUUCGCGACGACGGAGUCCGCUUCGUCCGAGAAUAUCAAGAAAAACACCGAAAUGUUCAACAGACAAGCGGAAAAGAAUUUGAUGGAAUCUCUGGAAAGUAGCGUUACGCGAAAUUGGAUGAAAAUUCCUACGAGCAGAUCGUUGAACAAUUUGCAAUCGUUGGCGCAAGAAUUGUACACGUUCGAUUGUCAAGGCGGUUCCGAAGAAUUGUGCGGAAUUCGAAAAAACGAAGAUUCCUCUCCCAAUGCGAACAACAUCGAGACUGGCCCGAACAAGGACGAGCAACGAGACUGGAUAGAAAAUCUGAUUUUCAACGAGAACGAUUCGCUGUUACGGUACAAGGACAAUACUCUCACAUCUGUGCAAACUUUGCCUCGGUCGACCUACAAGAAGAUUACGUUGAAUAUUCACGACGGUCAAACGGAUCGGUACGUCGAUACCCGUAAAGAGAGCGCGCGAUCUCACGACUGUUUAUCGUCCGCGCGUUUUCAAAGAAACUACGUAGUCAACGAAACCAUAAAAGCGCUAAAAUUCUACUUGAAUAACAUCAAUAACGAAGAACAUGUUCUAAAGUGCGAAAUACUGCAAAGUGCGAUCAAUUUUUGGAUCGAGCACAAUUUGCCGAUGGAAAGUUUGGAAAAUGUUUUUCUCGAACACAUACAUAUCAUUUAUUAUCCACUUGGAUUGUUAUUGUUUUGUCAAAAUUCGAUAGAAAGAUAUCUGGAUAUAAAUAACGGAUGGAACGAUGAAAGCAAUAAUCAAUGCGUGUACGAUUUAUUCUCAGUAAACUUUUGCCUAAAGAUAUUGUCGAUGUUGAUGCAACAUAUAGAUGAAGGUGAUGUUAUGCCCGAAUAUAUUAAAAUCUUUUCUUCUUUGAUGGCCGACAAUUACGGCGUGCCGUUAAACGGAUAUCCAGGCACGAGUAGAAACAAUAAUCCCGAACAAAUGAUGGAAGGAAUCGUCAGCACGGUACUCUCCGAAAUGGAAAAUUCUAAAUUAUUUGCACAUAUUAAGGAUUCAGAUGCCGCAAAUCGCUUGCUCACGACGAGGGAAGAUGAAAUGAUAUUUACUUGCGGCCACCGUUUUCCGAUGUCCGUAUACGAGACGGAUAUUAUUCCAACAAUGGAAACUGAAUUAUUAACAUCCUCAUCGUUAAUUCUUCCAUGUACGUCGCAGUAUUUGGGAAACAUCUUGUAUCACGCGUCGAAUCCAGAAAUUUUAUGCCCAUUGUGCAUAGUCGGGGCGUUGAAAGCAAUGAUGGAAAAAAGUUACGAGUGAAAAUACUCGAAAUGAUAUAAGCAAGAUGCGUGUAACAAAAAAAAAGAUUCAAGGAGUUUGUUGGAUUGUUUUCGCAAUCUGAAAUUAUAUUAACGGGUUCUCUUCUCUCCUUCAAUUAUGUGUGAACGUAAAACAUUUCGCGCGAUUGUUAUUAUAAUUUUAUAAACUCGAAGAACGUAUAUAUACAAAAAUAGACACAGUAUUCUCAUCGACGUUACUUUUGUCGUUGAUUUAACUUGUAUUGAAUGCCAGUAAGUUUAAAAAUAAAAAAAAAGUUAUGUCCCAGUG